CGCGCGGCCCAGCACCUGCUGCCCUCGGCCGGCCCGGGGCGCCGCUGCCAUGCGGCUGGCGCUGCUCUGGGCCCUGGGGCUCCUGGGCGCUGGCAGCCCUCUGUCCUCCCGGCCGCUCCCCGAUGUCGGUGACAUUGAGAAGGAGCGGGCAAGGCCAGAGAGAGCCCUGGGUGGACCCUUGGAGCCCCAGAUCCCUCCGGAUACCCCCACACUCAGCCUUGCAGAGGUGACACAGACCCAGCUGCCUGAGGCCUUGCAGAUCCCGCUGGAACUGGAUGGGGAGAAGCACGUUCUGGAGCUCCUAUGGGACAGAGAGCUAGUCCCAGGCCGCCCGAGCCUGACGUGGUACCAGCCUGACGGCACCCGUGUGGUCGGUGUGGGCCACAGUCUGGGAAACUGCUGCUACCAGGGGGCCGUGAGGGGCCACAAGGGCUCCUGGGUCUCUGUCUGCACCUGCUCCGGGCUCAGGGGUUUGGUGAUCCUGUCCCCGGAGAGAAGCUACACCCUAGACCUGGGGCCUGGGGACCUUCGGGUGCCCCCGAAUAUCUCCCGGAUCCAAGACCUCUUCCUGCCAGGCCGCACUUGUGCCCUGAGCCGGCGAGCGCCCGCGCCCACGCAGGUCCCCCCAGAGCGGCCCUGGGGACAAAGCCACAGCCACACUCACCGGCGGAGGCGGGAUGUGGUGACAGAGACCAAGACCAUCGAGCUGGUGAUCGUGGCCGAUCAUUCGGAGGUCCAGAGGUACCCAGACCCCCAGCACCUGCUGGACCGCAUGCUGAAAGUGACCCUCCUCCUGGACACCUUCUUCCGGCCCCUGAACGUGCGGGUGGUGCUCGUGGGCCUGGAGGCCUGGACCCAGCGCGACCUGGUGGAGAUAAGCCGGGACCCGGGGCUCACACUACACAGGUUCCUCAGGUGGCGCGGGAGAGACCUGCUCCCUCGACUGCCGCAUGACAGUGCCCAGCUGGUGACCGCUGCUUCGUUCUCCGGGCCCACAGUGGGCAUGGCCAUUCAGAACUCCAUCUGUUCUCCUGCCUUCUCUGGGGGGGUGAACACGGAUCACUCCACCAGCGUCCUGGGGGUCGCCUCCUCUAUAGCGCACGAGUUGGGCCACAGCCUGGGCCUGGACCACGACUUGCCGGGGAGCAGCUGCCCCUGCCCGGGGCCGGCCCCUGCCAAGAGCUGCAUCAUGGAGGCCUCCACGGACUUCCUGCCAGGCCUGAACUUCAGCAACUGCAGCCGGCAGGCCCUGGAGAAGGCCCUUCUGGAAGGGACGGGCAGCUGCCUCCUUGAACGGCUGCCCAGCCUGCCCUCUCUGGCCACCAUCUGCGGGAACAAGCUCGUGGAGCCCGGCGAGCAGUGUGACUGUGGCUUCCCGGAUGACUGCAGCGACCCCUGCUGUGACCACUUCACCUGCCAGCUGAGGCCCGGGGCGCAGUGCGCAUCCGACGGGCUCUGCUGUCACAACUGCCAGCUGCGCCCGGCUGGCUGGCAGUGCCGCCCUACCAGAAGGGACUGUGACUUACCGGAGUUCUGCGCGGGAGACAGUGCCCAGUGCCCUCCCGAUGCCAGCCUGGGAGACGGCGAGCCGUGUGCGGGGGGCGAGGCUGUGUGCGUGCAGGGCCGUUGUGCCUCCUAUGCCCAGCAGUGCCAGGCUCUCUGGGGACCCGGGGCCCAGCCCGCCCCGCCGCCUUGCCUCCUUGCUGCCAAUACUCGGGGGGACGCCUUCGGGAGCUGUGGGCGCAGCGCUAAUGGCAGCUACGUGUCCUGCGCCCCAAAAGACGCCGUCUGCGGGCAGCUCCAGUGCCAGGGGGGGCGGGCCCGGCCUCUGCUGGGCACCGCUCGGGAUCUGCGCUGGGAGGUGCUGGAAGCCAGCGGGACCCAGCCGAGAGUGAACUGCCGCUGGGUCCACCUGGACCUGGGCAACGACGUGGCCCAGCCCCUCCUGAGUCUGCCCGGCACCGCCUGCGGGCCUGGCCUGGUGUGCAUGGAUGGCCGAUGCCAACCCGUGGAUGUCCUGCGAGCCCAGGAAUGUCGAGGCAAAUGCCACGGACACGGGGUCUGUGACAGCAGAGGACAUUGCCACUGUGAGGAGCACUGGGCUCCCCCUGACUGUGCCAACCGCAUCAGAGCACCCAGCUCCCUGACCGUGGGGCUGCCUCUCAGCCUCCUGCUGCUGGCGGUCCUGACGCUGCUGGGGGCCGGCUACCGGCACCGCGCCCGCCUGCGACAGCGGCUGUGUCAGCUCAAAGGGCCCAGCUGCCAGUACAGGGCAGCCCAGUCUGGUCCCCCCGAAUGCCCAGGGCCCCCGCAGAGGGUCCUGCUUAUGCCAGGGGCCAAGCCUAGUGCUCUUGGCUUCCCGGCACCCCCUUCCAGGCCGCUGCCUCCUGACCCUGUGCCCGAGAGACUCCAGGCUGAGCUGGCUGACCGGCCCAAUCCCCCUACCCGCCCUCUGCCCGCUGACCCGGCGGUGAGGCGCCCGAAGGUAACAGGGCCUGCCAAGCCCCCACCCCCGAGGAAGCCACUGCCUGCCAACCCCCAGGGCCGGCGCCCUUCCGGUGACCUGCCCGGCUCAGGAGCUGGAGUCCCGCCCCUAGUGCUACCGUCCAGGCCGGCGCCGCCGCCCCCAGCAGCGUCCUCCCUCUACCUCUGACCUCUGCUGAGGUUGCCCGCCACCCGGACUUAGGACUUCGAGAGGCGAACUGGCCGCUGGAGUCCCCCGCGAUGACGGAAGGAGCCAGAGGCUGGACACGGCGGAGCAGGCACCUGAAGACCCCGGGCACCCCCACGCGCCGCGGGGCAGCACGCUCGGGACCCGCGCGCGCAGCUGGAGCUGGGGUGGGGGGAGCGGGCGCUGGACGGAACCGACGGAGGUGCGCACAGCCUGUCCCUGUUCGGGUGCAAUAAACGCGACGUCUGGGGA